UGGCUGCUCGAGCUGAAACCGUCUAACCACCUCUUUGUUUUUCCUGUGUUCUCUCAAAGAUCACUAUCGCCUUACCAUAACCCCCGAGUAUUUAUACUCAAGAUCAGUCAGUUUCACAACAGCGAGGUGUAUUCAGAAGAGAUCGCCCAGAUCCAUCCAAGUCAACAGCAACAUGUUCCUGUUGACUUUUUCCAUCUGCGCCCGCCUUCUGCUGUUCUUCCCUGUGUGCACGUAUCAGUCGUGCAUGGCGGGCACACCCAGACAGUGUGUGGAGGCUGAAUUUGCUCCAGGCUCAAAUCUAGCCGGUGAAGGUUUUGAUAUCACCAAAAUGGAGCGUAAAGGAGCCUUUGUUCUCAACAUGAAUGAGUGGAAACGCAAGGAUAAAUCCUGCAUGUUGUGCAUCAACCCUUAUCUAGAGAACAAAAUGCAGAAGCUGCCCCUGUCGGUGGUGGACUGGAGGGCCAAACAGUCCUGCAGCGCUAAAGUGUCCUCUGAACUUCACAAGUCCAGCGAGUCUCUGAUCAGUUCCAGCUCCAGCUCCAUUACAAACAACUGGAAGAUAGAUCUAAAUGUUGAGGUAAAUGAAAAAGGGGGAAAGGUAAUGUUAGCUGGAACAAAAUCCAAACUGUCUAAAUACUCCAUGGAGAAAACCAAGAACGACAAGUUCAGCUUUGCAAGUACCAGCAUGUACUGCGAGUACUACAGCUACGGCGUCUCCAGCACUCCCAAAUUACACAGAGAAUUCAACAGAGCAGUGAAAAGUCUUCCCAAAGUCUACAGCCCGCAGUUCAAGCAGAGAUUUUACAAACUGAUUGAAGACUUUGGCACCCAUUACAUCACCAAGGUGAGACUGUUAAGAACGAGAACGUCGCAGAGGGAGAUGUGUGAGCUGAAUGUGCUGUUGUGUUCUCAGGUAAAGCUGGGAGGAAAGGUGGACUCUGUGACCAGCAUCCGGCAGUGCGAAGUCAGCCUGAAGGGCCUCGGAGUGGAGGAGGUUGGGAUGUGUCUGCAGGCGGAGGCGUCUGCAAGCGUCAAAGCUACUCUACAAAUCGAGGCCGAGCACUGUCGCAAGGACACUGAAAACAUGGAGAAUAAUAAAUCUUUCUCCGACCUCUUCAACGACAGGUUCACAGCAGUAAAGGGAGGCCAGACCACAGAACCAGACCUUCUUUUUUCUGCAAACAAGAAUCCAUCAGCCUACAAAGAAUGGCUGAGCACGAUACCCCGGAACCCUGACAUUGUUUCCUACUCCCUGAACUCUCUUCAUGAGCUGCUGCCCAUCGCAACUCCUGACAGGAAAAAUCUGCGCUCCGCCAUCAGCCACUACAUCCUGGAGAAAGGGCUGUGGAGGAACUGCAGUGAGCCCUGUCAGAACGGCAUCAGGAGCGACUCGAAGGACUCCUGCGUCUGUCAGUGCCACAACAAUCCCGCUGUGAACUCAGACUGCUGCCCGACCCGUAAGGGGAUGGCUCGAGUCAUCAUCACUGUGAUGCGGGCGGCUGGUCUGUGGGGUGACCACACUACUAAAACAGAUGCCUAUGUGAAGGUGAUCCUCCCUGAUAAGACUGUGCACCGCUCUGACGUUAUACCCAACAACAACAACCCGCACUGGGGCAUGGAAGUCAACCUGGGCCCCACGGAUCUCUCCUCAACAAGCACAGUGCGGUUUGAGGUUUGGGAUCAGGACAGCGGCUGGGACGACGAUCUGCUGGGUGAAUGUCUGAGAACGCUUUCUGCUGGGGUCAAGGGGGACGUGUGCGCUCUGCAGCAUGGCCGACUUUUCUUUAAAACCGAUGUGCAGUGUGCUCCGAAUCUGGGAGGAAAUACCUGUAGUGACUACAAAUCCUCACCUAUAAGUCUGAGUGGUCUUUAUGCAUCCCGUCAUGUUCAGCCCAUCCCAAAGGCCGUGCUGUUGAAGAUGGGUGUGUUUGUGGAUGAAACCCGCCCGCUCAUGAACCAGAGUCUGGCCUUCAAACACCCCCUGGGAAACAACACUCUGUCUGGUUAAAUGGGGCUUGCAUGGCAAUGUUUUUCAUCUAUAUAUAUUUAUUUGCUUUUAAUUUAACUAAAAGUUAAUCAAUCUCAACUGAAAUCUACUUUAGUUUCAGUUUUUAUUUAAAAUUAUCUACUUUUUUAUGCAAGUUACUCAAUAUUCAAAUUCAUUUCAAAUUCAAAGAUACUUUAUUAAUCCCAGAGGGAAAUUAGUGAAUAAGUGAAUGUUUCAAUAUAUCGAGUAAUUAAUGUGUUAUCUAUUUAAAAAACUGUAAUAGAUGGUAUUUAAAAUUAUUUCUACAAUUAGCAUGUGAAUGUAUGCGUGCAUGGGUGAGGGAGUGGUUCGUUGUAAAGCGCUUUGGGGGGUUGCAGAACCCUGGAAGUCACUAAGUAAAACCAGGCCAUUUACCAUUUACAAGAUAAAAAUACAAGAAUCACCUUUCUGUAUGAGUUAAGGUUUUGUGUAUGCUGUGCUGUGGUUCAGUUACAAACUAUUUCUCAAAAUUUUUGUUUUAUCUUACAAAAUAAAAGCCAGUUCUC